CGACAUUAUUUGGCCAACACCGUCAUUUCUCAAAUAUUGAGGAAAAAGAUACCAUAAAUCUCCUGGCUUUACACGAAAAAGCAGAUUUUUACAAAAAAUUUCACCUGCCGCCAGUUUUGUCUUUUAUUCCAGCAAUCCGACGCAUUUAAACUGAUUUUAGCAAAACGGACGCGUUGUGGAUCGGAGACGCGCCUUCAGUCAAAAACUCACACCAGAAAAUAAAAUCCAAAAUAACGAGGACGCUUGAUAGGCGGGUAGGCUCACAGCAGGCUGAGGCCUUGCUUGUUUGAGCAACUGGGAGUGAAAUGGAUUGGUUCCGGAAGUACGGUGCGGGAGCAGCGAAGGUAGCAGCAGCACCACAGCCACCACCACCGUCACACGGGCCUCAGCUUGGCCAUGAGAACAAGUCGCAGCCCUCUUCACAGGGGAGUGUACGCAUGCAAAUAGUCAUCGGCUCUUCACCACAUAAGCGCCCAUCUCCAUCAGUAUACGAUGAGGUUGAGGACGAGGGCGAGGAUGAGCUCAGCAAUGCUGUCACCACGGAUCUUAUGCCGCGUGCUUGGAAGCCUGCAAGUGCCGGCGCCAGUAUACCGUGCGGCGCGUUAGCCUCUCCACCUGCCCCUGCCAAGGCCUUGAAUCCGGGCCCAAACAGGUCAUCAAGGCCAGCACCACGGCCGCAACCACAGCCAUCCGCCUCUUUUGACCUCCCAAUACAGCAGCCCAAGAAGCGCGGCCGGCCAAAAGGAUGGAAGCCAGGCAUGCCCUAUUCUACCACAAGCAACCGCCCCGCUUCGGAAGCCGCCAAGCUGGCCCGGGAAGAUUACCUGCGUAAGCACCCAGAGGCCGUAGCCCCCGUCGCCAGGGGCAGACCACGCACGGCGGCACCCAAGGGUCCGCCAAAACCGCGCGGCCGUCCGCCCAGAAAGCCGCCGCAGACUCCGCGGCAGGUCCUUAACAGUCUAGAGCGUCGCUACGUUCCCUUCCUCUGCGAGUGGAAAGACUGCAAAGCCGAGCUGCAAAACAUGGACACUCUGCGGCGCCAUGUGCGUAAGGUGCACGGCAGGGAGGAGGUCUGUCGGUGGUCGACUUGCGCCAGCUCCGGAUCGACCGAGGUCUUUGGCACCAACGACGAAUUCAUCGGCCAUGUGGAGCACGCUCACCUUGUGCCUUUCCAAUGGCACAUGGGAUUCGGCUACAGCAACGAAACGCCGAUUCCUUCUAGGAUAAAAGCAGACGAGGACGCGCCCGUGCCGGCCUAUCUGCUGGAUGAGAACGGGAUGCAGGUGACGCCUUGGAUAAAGGAGAUAGAGAUCGAGGACCAAGUCACUCGUCUGGCGCGACGAAGAAAGCUGCGUCUCGCGCUCAAGUGGAUGAAUGAUGAGGCCCCAUUGGAGGAUGGAGACAACAGCGAAGAGGAAGCUUCAAGCUGAAAUCAUGGAGGCCUUCGCAACUGUCGCGGAUGCACGUAAAUAACUGUUUUUGGCAUAUCACACUUGGUUGCGGCAACGUCAAGAUACUCUGCUUUCAGGGGAACAAGUGGCGUACAGACGGCCCUGGCCUGUGGAUUGGUUUUCUUUAUUUUGCAUGGAGUUGGGAUAUGUGUGACGAUUAUACGGAUGAUGGUUCCUGCGGCUUGGGAACAUGGGCAUUUGCGAUAUUAAGCCUUCUCGUUCAUCAUAUUCAGUUCCGUCACCUUGUAACGUUCCUGCAUCUUCUUCAUCUCCAUCGUUCACAUGAGUUUCUACUGCCACCGCUCUCUGCACGAGACUCUUCCAAGCCUGAAAGCAACCUACCAUUUUUUGCAACUAUCACAGGGAAGCAUGGCCUAGAGACGCUUGUCCGGUUUAGGAUUGGACAGAACGUGGGUCGGGCACAUUUGCCUCGGGUGCCUUCCGAUUCAUUUUUGGCUUGCCCGCUGCUGGUGACAACAAAUUUUCCAGUUUCGUUAAGAUCUCGGGCUAGAUUGACGAGGAGGCUUUAGCCCAUACGUAGACUUUGGCAGUGCCGGUAGCUUGCAAGGAAGGAAACAACAGGAGGUUUUGCAUACCUUUGCAACAGCCGGAGAUUGGAACGCAUCCCAGUCGAUCCCGUAUGCUUCAUCAGACCCAGUACGAGGUUGCGAAGCCGUGGCAUGUAUUUGUUCGACUUCCUUAUCCAGCUGCCCGAGGUCCUGGUCAUCGCCAGCCUGCACAGAGAGCAACAGCUUCGCGAGCGCCGCAAAACUCGCGCCCUGGCAUCAUAUGCCAAUUGCUCC